AUGAACUCACUACCAGACAAGCACAUUCGGAAUGUCUCCAGGUCUUCUCGGCCCCGCAGCUCGACAAGAGGUCCUCUAGAUGCAUCAGAUGACCCUCUUGCUCUCCCCGAAACACCCACCUCGCCUAUCAAACACAAAUCAAUGCUUGCUGCCAACGACACCUUUUCUGGGGCAUCCUUCUAUGAGUUAGAUCCGCUUGCGCCAGAUGAUCUACCUGAAACUAUAGAAAAAGACCUCUCGUAUUUACUCCGGCAUAGCAACUUCCAUACCCUCUCUCAUCUUGACAUCCCUCCGCCACUGCGAUCCGAAUUCCUUAUCCUCAACCCAGGAGAACCUCUACCAACUUCUCUGGGCAUCCUCGAAAAGCUGUUGGCUGAGGGUCGAUUCCUCAUUGCGGCACAUUUUUCUGCUUCAAUCUUGACCUCGUCUUUAAUAACUCCGACGGAGAUAAAGAUCGUCUUCUCCCUUUUCUACACGCGCUUAGCCUGCUUGGAUUUAUCGGGCAAUACAGUUCUCGCAGCACAGGAAUCGAAAGCCCUGGAAGAUUUGAGCUCGGCAUUUUAUUACAUCGAUCUCAAGCCUGGUUCAGCUGCAGUCGAUGACGAUAAAGACUCAGAACAUGAACAAGAACAUGCCCAAGAUCCUCGUCAUAUUGUUCCAUGGCCGCUUCGCGUACUGGCCGUGAGACUUCAAAGUAUAGGCUUUGGUGAUUCUCGCCGCAGCAUUGGUGGACUGUAUGAGAUCGGCCAGGAAGCGCGCCGCGAGAUCAUGAGACCCGAAGCUACUGAAGCUGAGCGAGAAUUGUGGAAACAGCGAUUGGCAGAUCUUGGGAUUAGGAGCGUGAAUGCGCUUAUAGAGAUGGGUGAUUUCGACGCAGCCAGGAGAUCACUUGAUAGUCUCCGCGUACCUGGGCCAGAGUCAAACAUCACGAAGUUGAGGAAAGCACUUUUGCUUUUGCGGAUUGGUGAUCUGGACGCAGCAAGCCAGGUAUUUGGUGAUGCUAUUGAGACGAAAGAGGCUGCUUUAUUGAAGCCUCUGAUAAGCAUGACAGAUGGUCGCUUUGCCGAUGCAGUGGCUGAGUGGCGUAUUCUCGAGGAGGAUAGGACAAGGACGGAUGGGGCUCUGGUAGCUCAAAAUCUGGCUGUGUGUCUUCUGUACAUUGGACAACUGGAUGAGUCUCGUCGCCUCCUUGAGGCCCAGGUCUCAUCCAACCACUCGUUUGGUAGUUUGAUAUUCAAUCUGUCGACGGUCUACGAGCUUUGUACCGACAGUGCAAAUCACAUGAAGGGACACUUGGCUGAUAUGUUGUCAAAACAGCCUGCCAUCGGACAGACCAAUUUAGAUCGGCCAAACUCAGACCUGAAGUUAUAA